AUGAAGACCGUGGUCCUUCUCGCCCUCUUCGGCUGCUCUAACGCCUUCCUCUUCUCACUCCUCGGCCUCGGAGGCGGCGGCAGCGGUGGCGGAUGCUGUGCUCCAAAACCAGCUUGCGGAGGAGGAUGUGGCGGUGGAGGCGCCCCAGCUGGUGGAGGUUACGCUGUUGCUCCAGCAGCUCAAGCUGCUUAUGCUCCACCACCCCCACCACCACCACCACCAGCGCCAAUCGGUGGUGGAUAUGCUGGAGCUGGAGGUUUCGGUGGAGCCGGAGGAUAUGGAGGAUCUGGAGCCGGAGGAUCAUACCAAGCCGCUCCAGCUAUUGGAGGAGGUGGUUUCGGAGGAGCCCCACAAGGUGGUUACGCUGGAGCCGGAGGAUUCGGAGGAUCGCAAGGAGGAGCUGGAGGAUACGCUCAAAGAGGACAAGGUGGAUUCGGAGGAGCCUCCCAAGGAGGAGCCGGAGGAUACGCUCAAGGAGGACAAGGUGGAUUCGGGGGAGCCUCUCAAGGAGGAGCUGGAGGAUACGCCGGAGCUGGACAAGGAGGAUUUGGAGGAGCUCAUGGAGGACAAGGAGGAUACGCUGGCGCCGGACAAGGAGGAUUCGGAGGAACAUCCCAAGGAGGAGCUGGAGGAUACGCCGGAGCCGGACAAGGAGGAUUCGGAGGAGCGCAAGGAGGACAAGGAGGAUAUGCCGGAGGCGCUCAACAAGGAGGACAAGGAGGAUACGCUGGAUCUUCCCAAGGAGGAGCCGUCGGAUACGGAGGACAGGUCGCUCAAGCCAUCGAAGGAGGAGCUGGAUACCAACAAUCUGCUGUGAGCUCCGGAGGACAACAACAAUACCAACAACAGCAGACCGCUAUCGUCUCUGCUCCAGCCCCAGUCCAACAGCAGACCUACCAGGAGCAAGCUCCAGUUCAGGCACAACAGGAGACCGUUGUUCAACAACAAACUUUCGAGGCUGCACCAGCUCAAACUCAAGAAUACUCAUCCCAGGCCACUGAACAAGUCGUCGAGACCUCCGCUUCUGCUUCCAGCGGAUACCGCAAGCACCUCUCCAAGGCUUAA